ACUCACGCGCUCUUUGACGUAGUCAGCCAGCUGGGCUCCAGCGUUCCAGCGCAGUACGUAUGGCGCAGCGUGCCCGACCACCCUUUACAUUUCAUCCAGUCUAAAUGACGCUGAAAAUAGGAAUCGUGACACAUCUGUGCGUGUCAUCCGCUGGACACUUCCGAGAAGUAAAGCUGGCGCGAGGCUCUUAUGAAAGGCACGCCGUUAUGAAAUAACGAAUUCAUCUUUUAUUUUUAAUCCCUCACGGCGCGAGGACGAAGAUUCAUAGCGUUACUAUAGGAGCGCCUUCAGCAUCAAGGAUACCUUUUCGGCGUGCGUUUCUGUCUCACUGGCAUCCUGUCAUUUUGAAAGAAUGAGAGAUUAUCGUUCACAUUAAAAUCCGCAGUCUUAUCUUUUGGGAACGUCGAAGAAGAAGAGGUGGAUACCAGCGCGCGUUACCGGACUCCGAUUAAUAGUGCGCGUGUUUCCCAUGGCGCUGUCAUUUACUUCAGCCAGCAUAUCGAGUCGGUAAUGCCGGUGUGAGAAGAAAACCGACUCUGAGGCUUUGCUGGACCAAUCUCUAUUUCGCUGGCAAACAAUGACCAUUUAUAUAUCCGAAACGGACACUUCUUCACUUCUUCCUUGAUGAUAUUUGCCACGGUCACGCAAGGUGGGAGAUUAGACUGCACGCGUUGUCGUCAAGUGUCCGCCGCCUGAGGAACCGGUCGCCACGGAGCUGGAUAUGUUCUGACUAACUUGAAGAUGGAUAUUAUCUUUGGUCUCCUGUGGUUAUUGGCCGUACUAUUUGAAGGCGUUUUGUGCCAGGGAGUUUACGCUCCACCAAACGUCCGGAUCAUCCACUCCGGUCAUGCGUGCAACAUAGAGGAAGAACGAUAUACAGAGAGGGUGUACACUAUCCGAGAAGGGGAGACUUUGGAGCUGACCUGUCUGGUCUCGGGGCAUCCACGGCCACAGAUACGAUGGACCAAGACGGCAGGCAGCGCUACUGACCGCUUCCAGGACUCCAGCGUAUUCAACGAGACACUGCGCAUAACCCGCAUCCAGAGGCACCAGGGCGGCCGCUAUUACUGUAAGGCUGAAAAUGGCCUUGGCACCCCGGCCAUCAAAUCCAUCCGAGUGGACGUCUACUAUUUAGAAGACCCGAUCGUAACGGUCCACCAGAGUAUAGGAGAGGCGAAGGAACAGUUCUACUAUGAGAGAACCGUGUUCCUGCGGUGCGCUGCCAAUUCUAAUCCACCGGUGCGGUACAGCUGGAGACGGGGACGAGAGUUUCUGUCCCAAGGUUCGGACAAAGGUGUGGAGAUCUAUGAGCCUUUUUUUACACAGGGCGAGACCAAGAUCCUCAAACUGAAGAACCUGCGUCCACAGGACUAUGCUAACUACACAUGCACCGCCUCCGUCCGCAGCGUCUGUGGCAUCCCCGACAAGAGCAUUCUCUUCCGACUUACCAACAAAACAGCUUCUCCAACCAUUAAGCUACUUGUGGAAGACCCGAUUGUGGCAAACCCCGGGCAGACGGUGACGCUGGUAUGCAUUAUCUCCGGAGGGGAGCCCAACCCAACCCUGACGUGGGUACGAAAUGGCGAAGAGCUUCCGAAAAAGAGCGUUCUCAACGGAGGAACCCUCACCAUUCCCGCAAUCACCAUCGAAGAAGCUGGAGUUUAUAGCUGCGUGGCCAGUAACAACGUGGGCAAUCCUGCAAAGAAAUCCACCAACAUUGUUGUCAGAGCUCUGAAGAAAGGACGGUUUUGGAUCACGCCCGACCCGUAUCAUAAUGAUGACAACAUCCAGAUUGGCAGAGAGGUGAAGAUAUCGUGUCAGGUGGAAGCUACACCACCCGAGGAGCUGAUGUUCAGCUGGCUGAAAAACGGCCGUCCGCUUCGCAGCUCAGAACGAAUGGUCAUUACCCAAACCGACCCAGAUGUAGCCCCGGGAUCCACAAAUUUGGACAUCAUCGACCUCAAGUUUACUGAUUUUGGCACUUACACCUGUGUGGCUUCACUGAAGAACGGAGGGAUACCGGAGAUCAGCAUAGACGUCAACAUCUCCUCCACCACCGUCCCACCCAACCUGACCGUCCCGCCCGGAAAGUCUCCUCUGGUUACUCAGGAGGGCGAUACAGUGGAGCUCCAGUGUCUGGUUUCUGGCAAACCCAAACCCAUCAUCAUCUGGUCCCGCGCCGAUAAAGAAGCGCCCAUGCCGGACGGAAGCAUGCAGACCGAAAGCUACGACGGCGUUCUGCGCAUCGUCAACGUCUCCCGCGAGAUGACCGGCACUUACCGCUGCCAAACCAGCCAGUACAACGGUUUCAACGUAAAACCCAGAGAAGCCACCGUUGAACUCAUUGUGCAGUAUCCCCCUGCUGUGGAGCCAGCGUAUAUGGAGAUUAGGCAGGGUCUGGGGCGCCCGUUCUCGCUGAGCUGCAGGGUCUUACGUGCCCACCCCUCGAAGGUACUGAAGUAUGAAUGGAAGUUGGGUACUAGACUGCUAACAAUGGGCCAGCUUGAUACCCGCGACGAGACGGAAUAUCACGUGAAGGCGCUAAACCGCGAGGGAUACGGCGUGUAUACCUGUGACAUCACCAAUGAGGCAGGAUCUGGACGGUGUACCUUUCUUGUCACAGGCAAAGCCUAUGCGCCCGAGUUUUACUAUGACACCUACGGCGCUCUGUGGCAGAACAAGCCUCGCGUCUACGGCUUCAAACUCCAGUGGACUCAAAUGAAUCCCGGUGCAGUUGACCGCAUCAUGGCCUAUCGACUUGGCAUCAAACAGACUGGGCAUCAGAGGUGGUGGGAACAGGAAAUCCCAAUAGAAGACAACAUCCAAAAAGGAGAACUGCUCACCUAUAACCUCACUGAGCUCAUAAAACCAGAAGCCUACCAGAUCCGCCUCACGCCGAUAACACGAUUCGGAGAAGGAGACUCGACUGAAAGAAUCAUUCGCUACAGCGCGCCGGUGAAUCCUCAUUGGAAUAAGUUUCACUGCAACUUCGAAGAGGAAACUAUCUGUAUGUUCACCCAAGAUAAAACGGAAGAGUUUGAUUGGACGAGACACAGCUCUGCCACCAGAAGCACUAAAUAUACACCCAACACUGGACCCAGCAGCGAUCGAACAGGAUCUAAACAAGGCUUCUAUAUGUACAUUGAGACUUCACGGCCGCGUCUGGAGGGAGAUAAAGCAAGACUAUUGACCCCAUCCUUCACAGUUGCUCCUAAAAAUCCUUAUGGGAAUGUGGUCACCAACCCAACUUAUUGCUUUAGCUUCUACUACCACAUGUAUGGAAGGCAUAUAGGAACGUUAAACGUGUAUUUGAGGCAGAAGAGUCAGACGGGUCCAGAUGUCUCUGUGUGGACUUUGAGUGGAAACCAAGGAGAUCGUUGGAGGCAGGCCAGAGUUAACAUCCAUCCAACAUCGUCUUUUCAGAUUAUUUUGGAGGGUAUUCGGGGUUCUGGUAUUGAAGGGGAUAUUGCCAUAGAUGAUGUGAUCAUAGAGGAAGGGGAAUGCCGAGACCCUCCACCCAGCAGUAAUAUAAGAUCCCUGGCCUCUCCCACCGCAGUGCAUAUAUGGCAGCUUUGUCUGACGCUACUUUUGAUCUUGAUCGGCCUCCGGAGGUGACCUCAUCACACGAAGGUGGAACCCAGAUUCGGCAUUCAUAGAAAUUUCGGCUGACUCGGACUGCCUGAAUACAACAACCAAAGAUUCAUCCCGUCUACACAAAGGUUUGAGAUCAGUGUGAAUGAAAAGGAAGCGAGAGAGGAUAUAUGUCGUUCUCUAAAAGUAGCGCAGCGAUUUCCACUACAGGAAAGUCUAUUACAGAUGUCAGUGUUAUUGAGAAGACAACAGGUGGACCUGGAUUCCUACAGCAGGAUGGCUUACAAGAGAGACUUCAUAGGGGAAUCUUUCAAAGCACAAAGACAUAACAUGUAUUUCCAUUAUUACAUGUUUUUGCUUUGUUAUAUGUCCGCCGCUGUCAUCAGAGACCCUGUUACGCCAUAUUUCAUCACAUGUCGGCCUGGUACGACUGAAAGAAAAAGUAUGUUACCGGCAAACACUGAAUGAUCGUUCGAAAAAAUUGAUAUUGAUUUCUUUUACUUUCCAUUUACUUCUUACACUCUAGGUGUAUGUCUAAAAAUAGAGAUGUGUCAAAUAAAGUCACGCCGCUUUUGUAGUUCCCUGUACUGUAAGGUUAUCGAUUUGAUGUUAAGAUCGGGGCUCCACAAAUGUGUUAUGUUUUAAUGGUGUGUGGAGGUUUGAUCUUGAUCUUGAACGUUCAUAUGUACACGUCCUUUGUGUUUAAACAGAUAUUGAAGUCCGAUGAGUUUCACAUAAGCUUGACAAUUCAUGUAUUUGUUUUAUUAGGCACCAUUUUAACUGCUGUUGGUCAUUUGACACAAUGAUCGUCUCUCUCUCUUUCUUUCUCUCUUUCUACCUGGGUUGACCUUUCGUUCCACUAAAUAAAGGUAGAGGAAAGGGAAAGAUAACAGGUGUAGACAAUUGUAAACAUCAGAAAGUACUUGGCAGUACUCAGUUCCCAACUGUGUCCGACUAAGAUCAUGCCGUUGUUUUCUGUAGGUGCGUAAAAAGAUAGCCGUCUUCUUACAAGUCCGGUCACCUUCGGACUCUCGCUGUCUGUAAUGAAAUCAAGUGCCUUCAGAAAAUUCAUUCAGAGUCAAACUGUUUCUGCUAUCAUUUAUAGCAUUUUCUUUUGGCACAGUUAUAACAUAUUAUAUAUCCGACCCUCUCUGUGAAAUCCAGGCGGAAGUCUCAUCAUCUAAUGAUGAGAUUAGGAGCAUCAAAGUUUGAUUUGACAUGACCUUACUCCAUCAAUUUUAAAAAUAUCAAGGUUAUAUUAUGUUCUUUACAUUAUAUAGGAGGAUUUUAUGGUAGGGUCACAUAUAUGUGUGCUAUAUACAGUAUGCUAUAUUUAUAUAUAUAUAUAUAGCAUUAUAUAUGUACAUGAGAUAUAAUAUAUAUGGUAGGGUGAGAUGAAAAGGUGAAAUACAAAGACCCAAGUUUGAGAGACGGGUGACCGCAGUGCCAUGCGACAGCCAAAUGUUUCAUCGCUGAUGUCUUGAGUUUUACAUGUACUGUUGACAGUGAUGAGUUAUUUUUUGACAUCCACCACUUUUAAAGUAUACAUCGCAUCUGCUCCACGUGAUAUAAAGAUGGGCUGAACUUAAAGCACCAUUGAUUCAUCAGAAUAACAUCUGGGAGCUAUUAUCACCAGGUGAAAAACAGCCAGGAGGGUCACUGUGAAAUCCUCCUUCAAACUGAUGAGAUCUGUGCCGCUGAAAAAAAGACAUUUUUCCAACAUCCUGAAGACUCAAGGACUGAGAUGAAACUUCAAAAGACUGAUGAAAGACGCUCAGCCUUGAAGAUCCGGAUCCAUUCGCUUGGAUUCGUACAACAAAUGAUAUUUUAUUACUCGAAUGGAAAUGACUGCUCUUUUACAACAAACAAAAAAACUCUUACAAACUCUGAACUACCUGAGACCAUCUGUUACCUUAUUCAGCUGGUUUUUGGAAAUGUAUUGUAAAAUCACUUUUAUCAUACAUUAUUUUCAUUUCCGAUGAGGAUUUACAUUGAUGGAAAUGUUUGUUUUUGUCUUAAAACAUUAAUUUACCAGAUCCCUUUGCAUUAUUAUAUUAUGGCAUAAUUUGAACUUAUUAUAAGGUUAUAUCAAAUAUAUGAGAUUAUAUGCAAAUACACUUAGGGAGGUUUAUGGAAAAGGUUUCACAAUGAUGAAUAUUCAGAAAAAGAAGCACAACGUGAAAUAAUAUUGAUAUAAAAUACAACAACACGGUACUUUCAACACACAAUAAGUUGUUUUUCUCAAUUUUAUUAAAAUCACAGUCAAUAAACUACAGAAAAGCUCUUUAUGUAAAGAAAAAAGAAAUAUUUUACAUCUCGGUUCAAUAAAAGGCUUUCAUGGUAA